CACCGUUCACACUGAAUCGCUCUCGGAUCACGAGUACCGAACCUCUAAGACUUCUCACUACCAGUAUGAGUUACGCAAGCACGAAUUCCUUCUUCCCUUCCCGAAUACCCUUACCCGCGUCAACUGCUGGGAUUUCUAGCGGAUAUAGCAGCGGGUAUUACAACCCCUCAGCCACUUCCAGCCAGGAGACACGCACUUUGGAGGAGAUCCGAACGCUGGUGGAUGGGAUUCUCACGGCAUUGUCAAACUUUCAGACUGCAAAUUCGUCAUCGCAUACUGUAAGCGAGCUGACAGACCGUCUCCAGUUCGAGAACGAAACUGACGCAACGUUUCUACAGGGUGAAACGCCGCUCAGUGGUCCUCCGACCAUCUCGAGUCUUCAGACAGACAUAUCGGGAUAUACCGAUUCGUCGCUAGCCUCACCGAGAGCUCGACCAGACGUUCAAAGGGGAGCUUUCGAUGCGACCGCGAAUCCAUCCUGCCAACAAGCGAUCGAAAUCGUCCGAGGGAUGAGACUGGAUCCGGAUGAAGUGAAAGCUCGAUGCAGGUCCUACUUGGAGGAUCCGAGACAGGGGAUAGAUCAUGGGUUCGGCGAUGCGGACAAGGCUCGAGGUGCUCUCAAUGAUCCUGCUUUCUGGCUGUAUCUAGCCCGACCGACGAGCCAGCUCUCAUCCCGAAUGAAACGGAGAUUGAAUGGUCAACGAGCUGAUAGACUCACCGUCGCCGACCUCAGUGCCAGCGCAUGGACGGUCAUUCGCGGUUUACCCCAGGAUGACGCAGGUUCUCGCGCUCCGUCCAUCGCGACCACCGAGUCACUACCUGCUGAACCAUCUUUGGCAGCGGCAGAUCUCGCCAGUCCGCCCAGCGCCGUUGUCUUGGACCCAGAGCAGCGAGAGGUCCAGCAGGAGGACGACACGUUCAGCGCGUUGCCGUUUCCUGGAAAUGCCGACGAAGUUGAAGAGGUAUUUGAUGCCGCUAGGAACGGUUUGGGAGAUGAUCAUCACGAUGAUGGAGAUCAACACGACGAUGCUGAUGGGCAGUACGAGGAUGAUGCGGCCAGGGCCUGAUGACCCAACAACAUCCCGGCUACCCUGGCUCGCCUCCGGCCUGCGCCUUUUGUAUCCUGAAACGCAAUUGUUGUUGUUAUUGUAACCCCCAUCUUCCAGUGAAACAUCCCAUACCCGAAAAGACAGACGAAAGCUGCACGGUUUCUUCCUUGUUCCCCGGUCUGUUUGCUCGUAAUGGAGCAGUACCCUGUCAGUUGCCCUGAUAUGACCAAGACGAAACAGCUCACAAUGACCU